AUGUUCAGAACCUUGGCUAGACAGACCCUCCGUGGUCCCGCUUUCAGAUGUGCAGUCAGAUUCAACUCUGUGAACUUCAAAUUGAACACUGACUCCUUCGCUUACAAGUACCUCGAGGAAGGUCCAAAGUUUGUCAAGUUCACUCAAGAACACGAGUGGUUGGCAGUAUUUAAGGACGACACUGCAUUUGUCGGUAUUACUACUUACGCAUCCGAGGCUUUGGGAGACACCACUUUCGUGGAAUUGCCAGAAGUUGGUGUGACUUACGAGGCAGGCGAGCUGAUUGGCUCCGUGGAGUCUGUUAAGAGUGCCAGUGAAAUCUACAGCCCUGUUGCUGGUGAAGUUAUUGCUAUCAAUGACAUCUUGGAGAGCAAGCCUCAAUUGAUCAAUGAUGACCCAAUGGGCUCUGGAUGGAUUGCUCAGAUCAAGUUGGCCCAGUCAGCCGACGAGGUUUUUGCUAACGAGGAAUUGUUGGAGGUUGACCAGUACGAGCAGACAUUGGAGGAGCACUAA